CCAAGAAAGCAGUGUAGAAUUCUCUACGUUCCUUUCGGUGAUCAUAGAUCAAUUAUGUAUCUCUUAUCUAUGGGUGCUGUCAGUUUAUCUAAUUUUUCUUGGUUUGGUUAUGUUUGAAAUGUGUGUCGUUAAAGUUAUCGUUGUGGAUAUUUAUAAAGAGAAAUGCUAAGUGUCACGUUAAUUUAACAAUAAUAGAAACGUUAACAUUAACGUUGAAUGCUUUUGCUAGCCGAAGAAAAUGCAAAGACUUUUGAAUAUCCAAAAUACACAAUUAAAAAGUUUCAGGAAGCUGACACCGUGCGGUAGUGCUAGUGUUUCUAGAGCAAAUUCGACAAUAAAUUUGAAUUUUACUGCAAAAGCUUGUCUUUCUACAUGCCCGAAUCCAAAUGUUUUGCAAAAGAAGAAGAAGUUUAGAAGGAAGAGUGACAAAAAGUUUAUGGAGCUUUUAGUUGUGACAGAUAACUCAACCAAAGAAGAGAAAGCCCCUGUAAGGCGACUGGGCCCCAAACAAUUGAAAGCUUUAGUGGAAAGUGACUUCAAUUUAAGUGUCUUGUUCAAAUUAAACCCAUUAAGGCAUAUAGAAGAACAUACAUAUAAUAAUUUAAAUAUAAUAGAUAGCAUACCAGAAACUCAAAAAAAUGAUUUACUAAAUCAUGAAAAUAGUGUACCGUCUGAAGAAGAAAAUGCCGUUGUCCAAUUAGUCAAUGAACAAGUAGAUAAUCCAUUAAUAACAAGUGCUGAAAAAAUUUUAACAGCAGAUUUUCCCUCAAAUGAAUUUGUAGAUGAUUUAAGUGGAUUAAACAGUUUUCGUUCUUUUGGAAAAUUUCAACCAGAAGUAUUAGAAGAAGAGCCAUUAGAACUUGAUGAAGUAAAAGAAACGGAACAAGAAAAGGUUCCCACUCCUUUCAAACAUAAAACAAUAAGUGAGGAAAUAUCAUCCCAAAUACUGUCUGCUUAUGUGGAAAUAUGUUCCAACAUGAAGGAUCCCCAGAGGGGCUUAAAUGCUUUAAUUUUUCAUAGAUCACAGUCUCAAAACAACCCAAAUAAUUUUCCACCUCUUAGAACUGCUAGUGUAUAUAAUGCACUAAUAAAAAGCUUUGCCCUUAAAGGAAGUCUUAAGAAAAUUGAGGAAAUUUUAAAGUAUGCUGCAGAAGAUGGUGUAAAUUUAAAUGUCCAAAGUUUUGCCAACAUUUUCGAUUGUCUUGGCAGGAUUAAUAUUAAGGGUUCUUAUUUGAAACAGAUUAGAAUUUUUGUAAAGGAAAUGAAAAAGAGCAAUAUUACUUUCAAUGACAUUAUCAACACCGCAAUAUUUACAAAGGAACAAAAGCAACAUGUUCUUGAUGUGAUCCAGGCAUAUGAACAAAGUUACGUGCCUUAUUACCAUAAACCGAGAGUCACUUAUGUAAAUCAUUUAGUGAAAAAUCUUAACAUAGCAGAGGAGGAAAUGGAACUACAUCGUAAAGUCGUGACUCAGGGUAAAAACAAGGAAAGCUUUCUAAGUGAAGAAAAGAUGAAUAAAUUAAUAUUUGAACAGUUAGAAUUGGAAAAAAUAGGGUAUCUUGAGGUACGAAGUAUCGAAUCAAAGGGGCCAUCAGGGGAGAGUGUACACCAAUUUCGAAAAGUAUUGAAACAGCACUUCAAAAUGUGGGAAGAAUCUGCAUUGGAUGGAUUUAACAGGGAACUUGCUGCGUUAACUGCGAGAAGGAGCGUUUUAAACAUGGAGCCUUAUCUUCGUGCUAUUCCUACUAAAGAAUAUAUUAAAAUAGUGUUAGAAGAAGCAAAAAAAUUGGCUCAAGGAUCUGAAACAUACAGUCCCACAGUGAAUCAAUUGUAUAGGGAAAUGGGAAACAGGGUUUAUUCCAAAUAUAAAGUGCUUUCUAAAGAAAAGGCUGGCGUUUUGGAUAAGGUCUUGAACAUUCACACAGAGUACUGUAAGCAGUAUGUCAACGAGCACCAGAAACUUGGUAGUCUUCCAGAUCAUGAGAAGAAAAUUAAUUCACGACAGAGGUGGCAGUUAAUCGAGUAUUCUCUUAAAAGUGAAGGAGCUUCUUCCGUUGUUGAUCACAACGAGUGGGUCCCCACUGUACUCACGUUUAUAGGGAAAUUUCUUUAUCACAUUGUCAUGUAUGAUAUAAAGAUUGACGUUAAUUCUAUGAAGAACGUUAAACACAAGAACUUGUUGCCCGCUUUCUACACGAUAUUUCGCAAUCAAGGUAGAAUAAUAAAAGAAGAGGUAAAACCUCACCCGAUAUUGUCACGUUUGUAUCGCGCUUCGGAGGCGGAAACGCUGACAUUUCCUGCAUCCGAAGUUCCAAUGAAAUGCCCUCCUGUGCCAUGGAUAUCGGUCAAAACGGGCGGUUACAUGAUAGCAUCUUGUGAGAUGGUCCGUUUACCUACUCAGGCGGUCACCCAAAAACAGAGACUCGAAGAAACUGAUCCUCAGAAUUUAUAUCCGGUUUUGGACUCUUUAAACCAGCUCGCCGCUGUCCCGUGGAAGGUUAACGAAAGAAUUCUGGAUCUUAUCUUAGAGGUAUUUAAUAGUGGAGGAUCGACUAAAUUGGACGUGCCUCAGCCCCCAACUGCUCUGACAUUAACAUAUAAUGAUUCCAAGGACCAAAAGUACCAGAAUUUAAGACAAAAACUUCAGUUUAGAAGAAAACAAGCCGAAAUGUACUCCCUUUGGUGUGACUGCCUAUACCGGUUAUCUUUGGCUAAUCAUUAUCGAAAAGACAUCUUCUGGUUGCCGCACAAUAUGGACUUUAGGGGAAGAGUGUAUCCAAUUCCGCCUCAUCUCAAUCAUUUGGGAUCAGAUUUGGCUCGAUCGAUGUUGAUAUUUGCAGAGGCAAGGCCUCUAGGGCCUCACGGUCUCGAUUGGUUAAAAUUACACCUUGUAAAUUUAACUGGUCUCAAAAAGAAAUCCUGCUUAGAAGACCGCUUAAUAUUUGCUAAUGAAAUGAUGGACAAGAUUCUCGACUCUGCUGACAAACCUCUGACGGGCGAAAUGUGGUGGGCGGAGUCUGAGGAGCCGUGGCAAACGCUGGCUUGUUGCAUGGAAUUGGCGGCUGCCCACAGGUCUCCAAAUCCCGAAGAAUACCUAAGUCACUUUCCCAUUCAUCAGGAUGGGAGUUGUAACGGAUUACAGCAUUAUGCUGCACUUGGUAGAGACAGUGCUGGGGCAAAGAGCGUUAAUUUGACCGCUUCUGAUAUACCACAAGACGUCUACAGUGCUGUUGUGGCACUGGUUGAAGAACAAAGGGUUAAAGACGUAGAACUUGGAAUACCAAUUGCCAAGGUUCUUGAAGGAUUUGUUCAUCGCAAAGUUAUCAAACAAACUGUAAUGACAACUGUUUAUGGUGUUACCAGAUUUGGGGCAAGAUUACAGAUAGCUAGACAGCUUAAAGAUCUGGAGGAUUUUCCAAAAGAACACGUUUGGCAUGCUUCGCAAUAUCUUACGACCAGAACGUUUGAUUCACUUCGUUGUAUGUUUACAUCGACUAGAGAAAUUCAGGAUUGGUUUACAGAAUGUGCGAAACUAAUUGCAUCAGUUAGUGGAAAAAAUGUGGAAUGGAUUACCCCCUUAGGAUUGCCUGUGGUACAGCCAUACAACAAAUAUAGAAAAUUACCUGCAAUAUCUUCAGUUUAUGACAAUUACCAUAUGGAUAAAUAUGAGAAACCUAAUGUAAUGAAACAGAAGAACGCGUUCCCUCCGAAUUUUAUUCAUUCGCUGGACUCCAGUCAUAUGAUGUUGACGUCUUUGUUUUGCGAACGUGCCGGCAUCACGUUCGUGUCGGUCCACGACUGUUACUGGACACAUCCGUCCACUGUCAGUAUAAUGAACAAGAUUUGUAGAGAACAGUUCGUCGCUUUACAUUCUGAGCCAAUUUUAGAAAAUUUGUCGCUAUUCUUGUUCGAUAAAUACAGUUACACAAAAAUAGACGAAAAAGAUGCGGGUACUGCUCUAACUAGAAAGAAAUUUAAUAAAGUGCUAAGAACAUUGCCAAAAACGUCAAACUUCGAUAUAAGAGAAGUUUUAAAUUCUGUGUACUUCUUUAGCUAGUAAAAAUAAUAUAGAGAAGUGUUUUUAACUGUGAUUUUUUGUAAUAGUAUAAUUUAAGAAAUAAAACGGAAAUAUAUA